AAGAAGACCAGCGUGGUGAAAGGCCAAUGGACUGCUGAAGAAGACAGAUUGCUGAUAAGUCUGGUGGAGCAGCAUGGAUUGAGGAAGUGGUCUCACAUAGCUCAGAUGCUGCAUGGAAGAAUAGGAAAGCAAUGCAGAGAAAGAUGGCACAACCAUCUGAGGCCAAACAUCAAGAAAGAUACAUGGAGUGACGAGGAAGACAAGAUUCUGAUUCAAGCUCACACCGAAGUCGGCAACAAAUGGGCUGAGAUCGCCAAGAGGCUCCCUGGGAGAACGGAGAACUCCAUCAAGAACCACUGGAACGCAACCAAGCGAAGGCAGUUCGCCCGGCGGCGGUGCCGCAACAGGAAGAACCCCAAGUCCGGCAUGCUCCUGCAGAACUACAUCAAAAGCUUGGCCCUGAGCUCCGCACCGUCCACGAGGAGGCGCAAGGCCAGCAGCGGAAACUCGAAGGCGGCGACGGCGGCCGCGGUGGAGGAGUUGAGCGCUGCCGCAGAUGCCUCCCCGAACAGCGACGAUAACUUGGUCCCUGCAUGCGACUUCAGCGACGUCAUGGCCAGCCUGCUGUUCGACGAGGAGGAGGAGGAGGAGAAGGCCGUCCCGUGUGAGAGUUAUGACUUCGGUUAUUUCUUGGACCAGCUCGGUUGCGGUGCAGACAUUGACAAGAGCUUGCAGACGGAGGUGGAGGUGGAGGUGGCGAUGGAGUGGGAAGACAUGGCAGCCAUGCCGCUGUGCUGCGAGGACAUGAAACCGGAGAUGGACCUGCUCGAGAUGCUCUCUCAAAGUAGCAUGCAGUAGCAGCGAGUCCUGAAGUGCAAAUCGGUGGGGAAGAUUUAUCCUUUGAUACACAAUAAUUAACACGUUAAAGAGAGCAUGAAUGAUUCUUGCAAUAAGGAGUAGCUUUAUGCACAGGCACGCACUUGUUAUGCAAGA